GCCUACUUCCGCUUUGUCUCACUGCGCCCGUCGCCGUCGGCUAAGUGGAGCACAUCAUCAACAACAAGGUUGUUUUCUCUUUCUCUCCGCAGCAGAUCGGCUCUCCACGCACUUCCAAGACUCGCUGCUGUAACCUACCAGAAUGAAUGUGGGUGUGGCACAUAGCGAGGUGAAUCCCAACACGCGGGUCAUGAACAGUCGCGGCAUCUGGCUGACCUACGCGCUCGGCGUGGGAAUCCUUCACGUUGUGCUUCUGAGCAUUCCGUUCUUCAGCGUGCCGCUGGUUUGGACCCUCACAAACGUCAUCCACAACUUGGGGAUGUACGUGUUCAUGCACGCGGUGAAAGGGACGCCUUUUGAGACCCCUGAUCAAGGCAAGGCCAGACUCCUCACGCAUUGGGAACAGCUCGAUUACGGCGUUCAGUUCACAUCCUCCAGAAAGUUCUUCACCAUUUCCCCCAUCAUCCUUUAUUUCUUGGCGAGUUUCUACACCAAAUACGACGCAACACACUUCUUGAUAAACACGGCCUCGCUACUCAGCGUGCUCAUCCCCAAGCUCCCGCAACUGCACGGCGUGAGGGUCUUUGGGAUUAACAAGUACUGAGUCCUUCUUGACGCCCUCUCACCACGUUCCACUCGUAUUGUUUUCUGUUGUGCGAUAUACAAUAGGUGGCGCAAAGAUCAGAGAGAAAUACCUUUUCAAAACUGGAUGCCGUGUACAUUUGGAACUUGUGUGAAUGUUGAACCCUCCUGUUAUGAUAUGGGUCAACCUGACCCGCCUUGGAAAUUUCAGAAAAAUUUACAUGGAAAAAAAAACAGUGAACAGGUAUUACUGAUCAGACAUUUGCAAGUUAAGCUAAUUAAUGAUGAGGUCAUGUUUACUCAGAUUUGGAGGCAAGGAGGUUUUGACACUUUUCUGGAUAGAUAAAUGUGAGCUCGGUCAAAGUGACCCACUAAUCAGCAUUGACAAUGAAUGUUUCAUUUCAUAUAUUUGCCAGUAGAGUUAUUGAGAUAUUUAAAAUUGAGCGUUCCAGACACCUUUGUCAUGAAUUCAACUUCCCCCGCGUCAAAUUGACACAGAUGAAUUUUCACACUGUUCAAGGGGAACAAAUGCAAAAGGAGGCUAUUGUGUUUUAACGCCAAAUUGACCUGUUUUAAAUUGUUACAUUUUUAAAUAAGUGGAAACAACAUGCACAUUUCUCACACAUUUCUUGAUCAUUUAAAAUCCCUGGGGUCAAACUGACCUGGAUUUUUAAAUUUUUUUUCUGUUCCUGAUAAAUCACUUUAGUUUCACAACAAAUUUACAUUUAUGUAAUCAACAUAUAUGCAUUCUUGUAUGAUGAAACAUUCCUUGGGUCAAAUUGACCCACAAACACUAAUGCUGUAUGUAACAGGAGGGUUAGUGAUGCGUUUUCAGUCUGGUCUGACCCGGGCUGGCCCAGGUGUCAGUGAGGCUUUUGAUUGUUUUGUUUGUUUGAUUGUUUCUUUAUUCUCUGAUGUGAAUUCACAUGCUGACACGAACAGCUAAGAUGGUUGCUUCUUUGUUUUAGCCACAGCAAUGGCCAAAACGUAUUUUUGUUCCCAACAAACAAAAAAUGUUUACUUCCCGAGCAGCCCGUGGCUCUGUUAUUGGUACACUGAUUUCCUAAAGGCUGUCAAAUGAUUUCCCAUUGAGCAAUUGAAUGAAACCCUCCCCUUAUUUACAAUUAAAAUGUAUGUGUGUGGGUGUGUGUAUAACUAUAUUCUAUGAAUAGUUUAAGUCAAUCA